AUACGCGUCGGCGGCAUGCGUAUGCAUACCGAUAUAAAGCCAUCAUACCGAGUAAACGACCCCACAGCAACCCCUGACCAGUCAUGACCAUGAACAAAACUUCCAUCAUAUCCGAGUCCAGCUCCUCGUCCUCGACAACUCCCCAUGGCUUCAGAACGCAGCUUGGACACAUUCUUCCGAAACACGCACUCUUCCAGGUUUAUCUGCACGUUGACCAGCUUUCGAAUGUCCCGCUCGUAGGCGGCGAAUUCGGCUUGCGCUGGAAAUUCAGGAAUGUCCAGUCCGGAUCUGGCCUUCUAAGCAAGAUGAAAGGGCGUUCGUCGCCCGCACUCGUGAAUAACAAGCGCGACAAGGGGAAAGGGAAGAUGGAGCCACUGAUCCAGGUCACCCCAGAGACUCCUUUCCGCGAUGGCUUCGAAUUCCGCGAGCCUGCAUACGACGGCGUACGCUCAUCUUUCGAGGACGACGAAGACCACGGCCACCAGAGCAUGCAGUCGAACAGCUCCUCCGUAUACGGCCAGCAUCUCACGGCAUCUCCUCCCGGCACUCCUAUGACUUCCUCUGUGACACCAAAGCCUGGGCGGCUCGAAAAGCCCGAAGCGAGGGGCAUGACGCCCUGGGCAAUGCUUCAAAGCUACAAUGUGCGCUGGGACCAUAGAGUCACAGUUGUCGUCCAGAUGGACGUACACCGCGAGACUGCCGAUCUCCUUCCUUGCGAGCUCAAAAUGGUCGUCAUGCAGCGUGUCGUACACGGCGAUCUGAACGCGCCACAUCAGCCUCGCCUUGGUGCAGUCUAUAUCAACCUUGCCGAAUACGCCGACGCUGGUCCGGUCACCCGUCGGUAUCUCCUGCGCGAGAGUAAGACGAAUGCGACGCUGAAGUUGACGAUAGAGGUUGAGCACAUUGGCGGCGAGCAACACUACAUUCCGCCACCAUUGCGCAAGGGCGAGAUCAUGGCUUCGGUCACAGGACUCCUCUCCAAUAAUAACCUCUAUCAGACGAAGUUCGCCCGCGACCUCGACAUGUACACCCAUGAUGAGAACGAUGACAGCUUGAGCAUAUACCAGCAGCCGUUCUCCACCAAGGAAGGCGCUGUAGACUUCGACCGCCUCGCCUCAUCGAAGGGCCUCCGUACCACGGAGAACCUUAUCGACGCCAUCUUCAACCCAGCACCUACCGCCAACGAGCAUUUAUCACCGUUCACGUAUUACGACCCCGAUAAGGCGCGCGAGGCCGAGAAGGCCGCCUGGGCGGCUGAACGGCAAAGCACACAUAGCAGUCUCGAUAGCGGACUCACGGACGGUAGUAGCAGCCACUCCGCCUCAGCCUACACCACAAACAGUGACUCAACCGGCGCUGGAUCGGAGGCACAGCCGAAGCACUGGUGGCAGAAGAUGCGCAACCGCCCUAGCACACCGAUGAGCAAGACUUUCCGCCCCUCUACACCACAAACCACCGAAUUCGCCAGGAUACCCUCGUAAGGACGCUGUUUCACGCCCCUGAACCUCACGCCGUUCGUUUCUUCUUCGUACCUCUGUCGUUUGCUUCGCAUAUAUGCACUCGCUUUCGGUUCCGUCCUUCAUUUUGAACACGCUUUCGCGCAUAUACGUAUUUUCUAUCGUUAUUGACUCAGUAUUUU